AUGAGCGUGCUUCGAAUCCUCCAAGUAUCCAACAGUACUGCAGUAGGUGUUGUGCCAGCCGAUACAGAUACUUCCAUUGCACCAGCCACCACCGAUGCGCCUCAACCAUGCUUGACCACCCAACCAGAACCAUGUUUUCCGCCUCCACCUGCCAAUGUCGAUUGGAGCGAUGGAGCAACCGAAGAAGUUCCCUCUGUUACAUCGGGUGGCAUUCUCGCCUUUAUUGUCUUGGGCUUUAUCAUUGGAGUGGUCGUGUUGUUCAUUGUGUACCGUUGUUUGCGGUCUCGUCCGGGUCAACAGGGCACCGUGUUGGAUGAAGUUACCAAAGGUCACAAAACUGCCUCGGCACCUACUAUGCCUACCCAUAAACAAAAGCCCUCCUCUCAUAUACCAGAGCCAGAAGAAGAAUAUGAUCUGGAAGUGGGUGGUGGAUACUACAACGACUACAACAACCACGAGUACAAUUCAGUACCACACAGUCAGGAUCCACAACAAGAUUCUGCCAUGGAGGAAGCCGAGGAAGAAAUCAUUGAGUUUGUAUACAUGGAACAGGAACUGCAAAACAAGUUGCCGGAACUGUCCAGGCUGCAUGAUAGUAUGGGGGAUGAUCCUCCCGGCGAAGUGAUUGACCAAUCCGCGCUGUAUCUGGAUCGAUAUCCAGCAGCAAUAAACCAAGAACAACAAGCUCUAGUGGUGGCAGAUCCACAACAACAGCAACACGAGGAGCCACUAGAACCAGUCUACUAUGACGAUGAAGAAGUUGUUAUGGACGAACUAGUGUUCGAUGAAGAAAUUGUAUUUGAGGAGGAAGAAGCAUCGCACGAAGAGGAAAUACUGAACGAGGAGGAACUAUUACACUAUGACGAGGACGUCGUGCACGAGGAGGAGGAAGUGAUCAUGCCAGAGGAACCACCGUCUCUGUCGACCACAACAAUGUCACACGCGGAACAACCCACAAGAGAGUUUGGCACUACUUCCAGUCCGUCCAUGUCGACUGCACUACUACCCCAACAAUAUGCCAUAGACGAAACGUCAACGGUGAAUGCAAAUCCCUCCAUGUCUACUGCAGCACUACCACUACAAUCGACAGAGGAAGCGUCCACUGAAGAUGCCUAUCCGUCUACUGCAACACUACCACUGCAACCCACAGAAGACACGUCCACUGUGGAUGGCAGAAUAACAACGGCAGCCUCCGAUGAUGCCAUUGGCACCACGGACGACUCUACGAGGCUUUCGGCCACUGUAGCUUCGGAUGAUGCCAUUGUAGCUGCCGAUGAUUCCCUCGUCGUGGUCCCUCGCCAACGACUACCGUUGGAACCACCAGAGGAAGCAGUCGUACACUUUUUGGAACCAGAGGAGGAGGAAGAAGAAGACGUUUUGCUGGAAGAAGAAGAAGAAGUCAUGGAAGAAGAAGUGGUGGAAGAAGAAGAAGUCAUGGAACCCAUGGAGGACUUUUCUCUCAAUAUGCGAGUAGUGGACAAUGUCAGUGACUAUCAGACCAAGGACAACACGUUCGGAGAGGAAGAACUCGAAGAAGAAAUCAUUGAAGAGUACAUAGUUGAGGAUCAAUCUGUUACCGAAGAAGAAGUGGUGUACGAUGAAGAAGAGGAAUACAGCGAGGAGGAGUUUGUAGAGGUUGCUCAGUAG